GAAUCAAAUGCUAACAAACCUAUUAUUCGAAGUAUCAAAACAAGUAGAAUGGACAGAUUUUGAAAUUUUGAAUGAUUCGAACAGCGGUGAAGUGAUUGGAUUUUUGAGUGACUUCUUUUUAGUGUCAAUUAGAAAUCCGACAACCAAAGAUGUUUUACAUUUAGCAGUAAAGAAAGCCUUAAAAAAUGAAGGCAGAAGAGUGGAAACGAACCUGUCAGUAGCAUAUCAUAAUGAAAUUUAUUUUUAUGAUACAGUAUUUCCGACACUGAAAACAUUUACAGAUAGAAAAAACGUAACUCACCAGUUUGACUUCAUACCAAGAAUGUAUGCAUGCAGUAAAUUAAUUCGUGAGGAGAUUUUAAUUCUAGAAAAUCUGAAUAUAUUAGGAUACCAAAUGAUUGAUACGUCGUUAUUGUUCGACGAGGAACAACUCAGUUAUGUUUUUAUGACUUAUGGAAAGUUCCAUGGAUUAUCAAUUAGCUUCAAAGAUCAACAUCCAGAAGAAUAUUUCAAAAUAAUGGAAAAAGUUCCACACUUCUUUUCAACUAUGGAGGACAAAAAUGGCAUUAGUGGUGUAAUGCAAAGUGCUAUAAUAGCUGCGUUUGAAUUUGUAGAUGAAGACAUAAAAACAAAUUGUCAUCACUACAUAUCUGAAUCAAAUGAAAUGUUUUGGACGAGUAUGGAGUAUAAAGGUAAACAUACGGUUUUAAAUCAUGGAGAUUGUUGGAGCAAUAAUGUGAUGUUUAGAUACAAAGACAAAAAAUUGGAAAGUAUGAAACUCAUAGACUUUCAAAUGAUAACAGAUUGUUCACCAGUAUAUGAUUUAUCAUGCAUGCUCUAUACCAGUAGCAGCAUCGAAGACAUCAGAAAUUUAGAGAAAUAUUUAAAAAUAUAUUAUAAUAGUUUUACUAACACUGUUAAAUCACUAGGAAGUGAUCCCGAAAAACUGCUUUCUUAUGAAGUAUUGAAGGAAGAUUGGAAAAAAUAUUCAAAAUUUGGUAUUCAGCUAAGUAUAAUGGGACAUAAAAUGAAAUUAAUGGAAAAGAAAGACAUGAUGAAAGUUGGCAGUGAUGAUGAAAUAUGGAAGGAAGUUGCUGCCAUCAAAUUAAUUGGAAAGAAUCGUGAAAUAUUUAAAGAAAGAGUUAAACCUCUUAUUGAGGAUUCCUACAAGAAUGGAUACUUGUAGGACGAAUACAUAUUUACUAAAAAUGUGUA